AUGGUCCAAAAAGCCAGCAUGUCUCGGGCUCCUUUUCCUUCCAGCCAGGAGAUCCAGAUGGACGUUUUUGACAACCCCGGUUCGCAGGGCAAGUACAGCAAGAGGAAGGGGCGAUUCAAACGGUCGGACGGAAGCACCUCAUCGGACACCACAUCCAACAGCUUCGUCCGUCAGGGUUCGGCGGAGUCCUACACCAGUCGACCCUCGGAUUCGGACGUGUCCCUGGAGGAGGACAGGGAGGCCCUGCGGAAGGAGGCCGAGCGCCAGGCGCUGGCUCAGCUUGAGAAGGCCAAGACUAAACCGGUGGCAUUUGCGGUGCGGACAAACGUCGGGUACAAUCCAUCGCCGGGGGACGAGAUGCCCGUGCAGGGCAUGGCUAUAGCCUUCGAGCCCAAGGACUUCCUGCACAUCAAAGAGAAAUACAACAACGACUGGUGGAUCGGGCGGCUGGUGAAAGAGGGCUGCGAAGUCAGCUUCAUCCCCAGCCCAGUCAAGCUGGACAGCCUGAGGCUGCUGCAGGAACAGAAGAUGAGGCAGAACCGGCUCAGCUCCAGCAAAUCGGGAGACAACUCCAGCUCCAGCCUGGGGGACGUGGUGACUGGUCCCCGCCGACCCACCCCACCCAUCAGUGCUAAACAGAAGCAGAAGUCGGCAGAGCAUAUCCCCCCGUAUGACGUGGUGCCCUCCAUGAGGCCCAUAAUCCUCGUUGGACCAUCCCUCAAGGGCUAUGAGGUCACAGACAUGAUGCAGAAAGCUUUAUUCGACUUCCUCAAGCACCGAUUUGACGGCAGGAUCUCCAUCACCCGGGUGACGGCGGACAUCUCCUUGGCAAAGCGCUCGGUCCUCAACAACCCCAGCAAACACACCAUCAUCGAACGCUCCAAUACUCGCUCCAGCCUGGCCGAGGUGCAGAGUGAGAUCGAGCGGAUCUUCGAGCUGGCCCGGACCCUGCAGCUCGUCGCCUUGGACGCCGAUACCAUCAACCAUCCGGCCCAGCUAACCAAGACCUCCUUGGCCCCCAUCAUCGUCUACAUCAAAAUCACCUCCCCCAAGGUACUGCAGCGGCUCGUGAAGUCCCGAGGCAAGUCUCAGGCCAAACACCUCAACGUUCAGAUGGUGGCAUCCGACAAGCUGGCGCAGUGCCCACCGGAAAUGUAUGACAUCAUCCUGGACGAGAACCAAUUGGAGGACGCCUGCGAGCACCUGGCGGAGUAUCUGGAAGCCUAUUGGAAGGCCACGCACCCGCCCAGCAGCAACCCGCCCAAUCCCCUGCUGAACCGCACCAUGGCGACGGCCGCCCUGGCCGCCAGCCCCGCCCCCGUCUCCAACCUCCAGGGACCCUACCAGCUGCCCCAGCCACGGGGGCCGGGUGAGCGUACCAGUUUGCACGACUAUCCCGGGGAGCCAGGCCUGCGCCCCGGCCACCCACCGGGUCGGGCGGGCAACCUGCGGGGGCUGCCCCGCCAGGACACCUUCGACUCCGAGACGCCGGCCAGCCGCGACUCGGCCUACACAGAGCCCGGCGACUCCUACAUGGACAUGGAGACGGAUCCUUACGAGGAGGCCGAGCCCGGGGCCCGCUCCCCUUCUCGGGGCAGCCCCGCUCCCGCCCGCCGCAGCUCCUGGGGGGACGAGGAAGAGGAGGAGGAGGACGACGACGAAGAGGAGCGGCCACCCGACAACCGCACCCGGGCACCCCGGGGCCGGGCCAAGCCCCGCUACUGCCCAGAGGAGGGUGGCGGCGGCCUGGGCCACAACCAGAACGAGCUGGAGGGCUGGAGCCGGGAUGUCUACAUCCGCUGAGGGCCAGCGGGGUGGGGGGCCCUCUCCCCGGCUAAUGGGGAGAGGGCUUGGAGAGGGGGGCCUGCAGGGGUACUGCCCCCUUCUGCAGGGGACACCCCAUCUCUCUCAACAGGACCAGUUUGGCUUCCUUUUAGGAGGUUGACCCCUGGGAGAUGCAGUCUUCCCUCUGCAAGGGACUGCUUCCCCCUCCCCAUCCCCGACCCCCCAACGGGGCCAGGGUUAUUUUUCCCAUACGCGUGCACAUAAACCUCCCCCCAACCCCCAACAGUGGGCCAGGGCCUGCUGGAUAUUCUUAACCCCCCUUUAGUGUGGGCCCUCGGAGAGCUGCCGACGGCCUGCCUCCACCUCCCCUUCCGCCCUCUUUUCUGCACCGUGCUCUCACCCACUCUUCUGCUGCAGGAGGAGGGAGAAGGAGGGUGGCGAACCAUCCACUCUUCCCCAGUGGCCACCGGGUUUCCUCUCCUCCAGUUACUGGCAGCCUUGUCUGCCCCGUGCCUCCCCCGAAGGCCCGAGGGAGGUAUAGUGGCAGAAGUCUCUGCCUUUCCCCUCCUUUCCCUCACCAGCUGCAGAGGGCUCUGCCCAGUGCCUACGCUCUAUGGGGGCUCUUGGAACCAUCUCUCUGUGGCCCCCCACCCCCGGUACCUCAGCCUCGCCCCACCCUCGCCAAGAUUAAGCUUCGCCUGCAGUUACCACUAUGUCCCUGAGCGAGGGGAACCCCUCCAGCCAGGGGGCUGGAGUGUCCUUCUCGCCCAGCUAGAAACCAAAAAACUGCCCUGGCCCCGUCCUUCUAGCCUGGGGACCAUGAGCUGAGUAAACUUGAGCAUCCUCCCCUUCCCCCGCCGAAGAAAGGUUGGCAGGGGCAGGCUGGCACAGGGUGGUGGCAAGUGCCCACUUUCUCCCAGAAGGGUACCCCACGAUUUCCCCGGCUUUUCCCGAGCGGGGCGGCCUGCUGCUUCUCUGGGUGUAACCGAGACUCACCCACCCCCCAGGCUCAGGGCUCCUCCUUGAGACCCCCCCGCAUACCCUCACCCCCCUACUACCACCCAUGGGCACCACCCUCUAACUAUCUGGGUUUGGGGGGAGGUCUGUACUGCCGCUCUGCCCUGGUUAGGGGGAGAGAGCCGUUUGUGCCAACGGAGUCCGGGCCGUGCCCACCUCAAGGUUGGGCUCUGCCUCGCCCGAAUCGUCACCUCCUGUGCCAACGAUGCCCCCGCAGCCCCCACCCCACCUGACCUGCCCCAGGGGCGACGGCCUCAUUUGACCCCAUCGGGAGGGAAUCCGCCAUCAGGCCUCUCCCUCCUGCCUCCAUGUCCCCCUCCGGCCUGUCCUCCGGCCUGACCCCAAGCCCCUCCGAUAGAUACCCAACACCGCCCGGCCCUUGCGGUCUCCUUCUCCGUGGGCACGCGGGGGGCCGGAGCGAGGGCAUGAGGGGAAGAAGACCCCUGGGUCUCCAGGCUGUUUACCAGAAAGUGCCAGCGCUGUGGACUCAGAAUGAAAAGCUGCUCAUUGG